AUGCUAAAAUCAAAAUUUGUUACUUUUCCAGAAUUAGAAUCAAUUGAUGAUACUGGAUUUGAAUCAAUUUUUAUAGUUUUUUCACGUUUUGGCUUAUUAUCUUUUUUAUUAUUCGUUUUGCACUUCUCAUUGACAUCAUUUUUUAUCUCUAAUUUUUUCUUCAAAUCUUCUUUUUUCAUUUCAAUUUCAAUUUGCUUCUUUACUUCUUCCACCUUUUUAAUUAUUUUCCUAUCAAUUUUAUCUUUUAACUUCAUCUCUUUUUUCCUAUCUUGAUUUUUAUUAUUUUUUAUUAAAUUCAUUAU